GCACUUUAUUUACUUUAAAGUUGUCAGGAGACUCACUUAAAUUCCGAACCAUAUGCGAAUAAACCGGUUUACAUCGUGUGUGGUGGGUCAAUGUGCCGUAUAUAGUUUAAAGUUAUUUUGUUCUUCGGGAUCGGGAUUCUGUUGAAACCGCAAACAAUGUUGAAUUUAUAUGGUAAAACUGAUAUAAAAAGAAGAAGCGAUUGGCCAGGUAUAACAAUGUCAUGGUACUAGUAGAGGAAAGCUGCCCACGACAUUAAUGGACAGUGAAUAAAACGUCUUCUUCGAUAGUCUGGUUUGAGCAACAAAACGGCCAUCCGCUACGACAGACGAGCUCAGUUCAUUGGCCGCACGCAAGACGGUCGGUUCAAAAGUGUUCUUCAGAACAGUAAAAGUGGGCACUUCUUGCCGAAACCAAAUAAGCUGUACGUGGGACACAUUCGGUUUCUUUGGUUGAAGAUCACCGGAAUAUCAAAAUGAGGUGUCUCGCCGUAGUUGUUCUGUUUACAUGUCUAGUGGCACUCAAAGAAGCAUUUGCACAACAGGAAGAAAGCGCACCAGUCUGGGGUUAUCGUUGCGUGGAUAGUCGCUGUGAGAAGGUAGCCCUGGAUGCAAACGAUACUGCCCGUGAGAAAGCGGUAAGCUUGUCGGUUUGUCGUCUCUAUUGCAAUGAAGUAUUCGGUACACUGUGGCCGCGCCCAACCGGUGAAUAUCGACGGGGAAACAACCUGAUCCAUAUCAACGUCUAUGAUAUCCAGUGGCAAUGGGCUAAAGCAUACGAAGCACUGAGUCGCAAUUGGGACUCCAGUAUUGAAAGAUUUAGAGGGCAGUUAAUGAGAAUGGUCCAAUCUGGACAUACUCUGAAGAACGGUGGAAAGCGUGUGAUUGUUAAAGUUGCCGUCGGGGCAGAUUCGUUGGUCUUGAACUAUGAAACUGACGAAAGCUACAAGUUAUCGAUUAGUGCAGCGGAUUCCGGUGACGUGGCGGUGCAAAUCGAUGCUGCCAAUUAUUUUGGAGCGAGACAUGGAUUGGAAACGUUAGCGCAAUUAAUUGUAUUUGAUGAUAUUCGGGAUGAGCUUCAGAUAGUGGCUGAUGUGGAAAUUAAGGAUUCCCCUGCUUAUACGCAUCGUGGUGUUGCUUUAGAUACGUCUAGGAAUUAUGUCGAUGUAGCCUCGAUCAAGCGAACUAUUGAUACUUUAGCAAUGGUCAAAAUGAAUGUCUUUCAUUGGCAUGUAACGGACUCGCAAAGCUUCCCGUUGGUGAUUAAUUCUCAACCGAUUCUCCAUAAAUAUGGCGCUUACUCGCGUAAGGAAAUUUACACUGCUGAAGAUGUUGCAGAUAUCGUGCAGUAUGCUUUAGUACGUGGCAUACGAGUCAUUCCAGAACUGGAUGCCCCUGCUCACGUUGGCGAGGGCUGGGAGAAAACUAAUCUGACCAGCUGUUUUAACUAUCAACCAUGGGUUAAAUAUUGUGUAGAACCACCGUGCGGACAGCUAGAUCCUACGAAAGAUCAGGUAUACGAUGUGUUAGAGGACAUCUAUCGAGAAAUGAAUGCCAUGUUCAGCCGUUCUGAUCUGUUUCAUAUGGGUGGUGAUGAAGUUUCGAUUGGUUGUUGGAACACAAGUGUCGAAAUUCAACAGUGGAUGCAAGCCAAAGGUUGGGGACUAAAUGAAGCGGACUUUCUUAAACUGUGGAAUUAUUUCCAGACUAAUGCACUCGAACGGUUAGAUAAAUCUUUGGGAGAUAAUCGCCCAAUAGUGAUGUGGACCAGCCGUCUAACUGAAGAGCCAUACGUUGAUCAGUAUUUGGACAAAAAUAGGUACAUUAUUCAAAUUUGGACUACGGGCAACGAUCCCAAGUUGGCAAAACUUUUGGAGAAAGGCUAUCGAGUGAUCAUUUCCAAUUAUGAUGCUCUCUAUCUGGAUUGUGGAUUUGCUGGCUGGGUUCAAGAUGGUAACAAUUGGUGUUCGCCUUAUAUUGGUUGGCAAAAGGUUUAUAACAACGAUUUGAAGACAAUGGGUGGUGCAUACGCCUCACAAGUACUGGGUGCUGAAGGUGCCCUAUGGACCGAGCAAGCCGAUCAGCUAACAUUGGAUGCUCGUUUAUGGCCUCGAUUGAGCGCAUUGGCUGAAAGACUUUGGACAGAUCCACGCGGCGGCUGGCACCUCGCUGAUUCACGUAUGCUAGUUCACCGCGAGCGGCUGGUGGCAAAUGGAAUCGCCGCCGAAAGCUUGCAGCCAAAAUGGUGUCUGCAAAAUGAAGGCAACUGUCCAAUAGAUCAGGGUAGGUUGUAGUAAACUGAUCAGCCACAAUAUGCAACUGUGAUUGUGACCGCGAAAGACAUUUCACUUUUGAAGCAAUAACAGCAUGUACUUGAUACCAGAUUUUAAUACUGUUUUAUAGCAUAUUUCGUCCAGCAGUUCCAACUAGGCAAACAAAUUAACCAACUUAAACCCGUGCAGUGUAGAAACUGAACUUUUCC